CUUCCCGCUUCUGCGACUACGACUAGAGAGUAGAGACCACCCGCCCCUACUCGCGUCGUGUCACUUGUGCGGUUGUGCCCCGCCCGCCAUCUGCACUGCACAGCCAUAGCCAUGCCCUCCCGCCUUCUCCAGCCACUGCCACCACCAACUCCUCCCCCUCCCCCUCCUCUCCCCGCCAAGAACCACCGCCACGUCCUGCUCGCUGUCACCACCGCGGCGGCGACAGCAGCCUUGCUCCUCCUACUCCUACUCCUCCUCCUGCUCCACCUCCGCCGACGCCGGCGCCGGCUCCCCACACUGCCAUUCUCCCCGCCACAGGCGCCUGCGCGCCCGCUGCGACGUUACUCCCGCCGCGCGCUCCGCCGCGCCACCGGGGGCUUCCACCCCUCCCGCCUCCUCGGUCGCGGCGCCGCCUCGCCCGUCUACCUCGCCACCUUCCCCGAUGCCUCUCUCGCCGCCGUCAAGACGUGCUCGUCGCCGCACGAGCUCCACGUGCUCUCCUCGCUCCCCGCUGACUCCCCGCGGCUCGUCUCGCUCCUCGGGUACUCCGGCUCCGGCACCGACCAACCCCUGCUCCUCGUCUUCGAGUACCUGCCGCAGGGAUCCCUCCAGGGAGCACUUUUCAGCGAAGGCCGCUUCCUGGACUGGACGCAGCGGCUCGCCGUCGUCCGCGACGUGGCGUGCGCGCUGGCGUUCCUCCACGCCGAGUGCCAGCCGCCGGUCGUGCACGGCGAUCUCAAGCCCAGCAACGUUCUCCUCGACGACGACUUCCGCGCUAAGGUCGCCGACUUCGGCCUCGCGCGUUUCAAGACUCCUGAUGCCAUCGCCGCCUCCGGCCCCGCCGGGGACGACUUCAUGAGCCAAGAACUCGGCGAGGCCGGCGACCUCUCCACCACUGCCUCUGCCGUCGGUUUAGUCAAAGCGGACGCCAGAGAGGACUCCUCGGGGCCGGCAAGAGCGUGGGGGAAGGAGUGGUGGUGGAAGCAGGACGGCAGCGGCGAGCUCGACUCACGGGACUACGUGGCCGAGUGGAUCGGCAGCCAAAUCUGCCCGGAAAGGAAUCCAGAUUGGGCCGACGACAACGACGGCGACACCAACGACCAUAACAAGAACUCACCCUCUGUCACGGACGACAACGCCGUGCCAGCCUCACCAGAGGAUAAGAAGAACGCGGAUAAUGCCGACUACAGCGCCAAUAAAGGCAACGCCGGCGACAAGAAGGAGGCGACCCAGAUGCGAGAGUGGUGGAAGGAAGAGUUCUUCGAGGAGAUGAGCAAGAAAGGCGGCAGCUUUGACAAGCGGCGCCGAGGCACCGCCAAGCCGUGGCUGCGGUCGAUCAGCAUGAACACCAGCAACGUCGUCCGCAAUGUCAGCGGGGACGGCAGCGUCGAGUCGAGUGCUCUCGACAUGAGCUUCCGAAGGAGCCGAAAGAGGAGCCGGCGGCGCGGCCAGUCUGCAGGCAGCGGCGACAUGCACAGCGGCGACCUGUUCAGCCGGGAUCUCAGCACGACUACGAGCAUGCGGGGCACCGUGUGCUACGUCGCGCCGGAGUGCGGCGGCGGCCCGUGCGAGCACGGCAGCGACCUGCUCGAGAAGGCCGACGUCUACAGCUUCGGCGUGCUGGUGCUGGUGAUCUUGUCCGGUCGGCGCCCGCUCCACAUCCUGUCGUCGCCGAUGAAGCUGGAGAAAGCCAACCUGGUGAGCUGGUGCCGGCAGCUCGCUCGCACUGGCAACGUGCUCGAGCUAUUGGACGAGAGGCUGGAGGGCGCCUACGACAAGGACCAGGCCACGCUCUGCGUGCAGCUCGCGCUCUUGUGCCUGCAGAGGCAGCCGGAACACCGGCCGGACAGUACGGACAUUGUCAAGAUCCUUGCCGGCGAGAUGGAGCUGCCCCCCGUGCCCGUGGAGUUCUCGCCGUCGCCACGAAUCCGGCCGUUCCCGCGGUCAUCACGACGGGCGCAGCCGGAUGCCACUGAGUGAUGGUAACUUUGCUGACUCAACAAGUGCCCUGCUUGUCUUGAAAGAGAUCUACAAAUUUGUGGUGUUGUCAUUUUCUUGUAUACAUAGGAUUUAUUCUUCUUCGACUAAUUUUUUAACAUGAAAUUCUUUCGAUUCUAACAGUUUGAUGUUGCAAGUUGUGAGUUGUGACAUAGUCUACCAAUAGUUCCAAAACAUUUUGCUGACCAUUUCAGCGCUAGUUCCAAGAUAUACUUCACAACAGUGGACUGGUGAAUUGUUGUUUUUGCACAUUGGAUGUCUUCCUCUUGAUUUAGUAAGGAAUUCGUUGCUCACA